AUGGUACCAUACAACUUGAUGCGAAAUGGAGUGCCGAGUGAUGACGGAAGUUGCUAUUUGGACCUUAUCGACAAAUUGACAGAGGCAGAAGCAAAGACACUAUUAAAGACAUUGGAAACCAAAAGACCAACAAUCAUUCUUGAUGCAUAUAAUAGCAUCAAGAGAACAGACCCAGAGCCUGAUCGUCCAUCGGCGGAGGUGCAAGGCUGGUGCAAAUGCACUCAUUGCCCAGAAAUGGACAGGGAACUUGACCGUGUGUGCUGUAACAUGCGUCCAGAACAUUGCAUUAGCCUGAGGACUGAAAUGAGCCUGGUGACAGACACGUUGGUGUUGAACAUCCAAGGGCCUAUGAAUAAGGGAAUUUAUGUCCAUGAUGCUGCCCUUGAGCAAACCCAGGAUGAAUUGAACCAAAAACUGCGCCAAGGUGCGUAUCGCCAAUGUAACCUGUGGAUCCAUGGUCAUUUAGGUCCCAGAAUCAGGAAAAAUGUGCCAGCCUGUUGUGUACAAGUUAUUCGGGACAAAUUUCCAGAUUCUGCUGGAAAAUACACUGGAUUCAUCCCGCUUGAAUAG